GGGUCUGAGAGGGUGUGGCCAGCCUGAGCAGAGGAGGAGGUAGUCCCUGGGGCCCCCCAUCCCAGGGGGAAGGCACCUCUCCCAGAGCCCAGGCUGAGGUCUUGGCAGUGACCGUGGGCAUCUUCAUCUUUGCACCCCAUGGGGCUGGCCUUGCUCCCAAGCUGCUUGCUUUCUGUCCCAGUCUUGGGGUACAGAACCUUAGGGUUGAGCCCUGGUUCCACUGCCUCGGGUUCUGGGCUGGUUGUGUCAACUCUGAGCAGGGUGUGGCCCUGUGAGGUCCAGGUCACUAGCUUAACCCCCUCUUCUCCCACGGGAUGUGUUUGGUCUCUUCUGGUCCCCCCGCCCCCAAAGGCAGGAUGUGCAGGUUCGGGGCCUGGAUGUCUCCUCCACGGGAGGAUCAGGCCCAGUGUGCUACCGCGCAGGUGUCACCGUAGCCCAGGGCGAGUUGGGUGGGGACGCAAGUGUUCACAGGGCCCAGGUGGGAGGGAGGCCCGCCGGGUUCGGUCGCACCUGCCUCCGCAUCAAAGUCCCUGACACUGGUGGGUGUUCCCUAUAACCCGUCCCCGGAGUGGCGGGCGGGGCGGCCGCGGUGCUCACGCUCCUGUCGGGGUACAGGACUGAGGCUCUGAGCCCUCGGGGGCAGGCUGAGCGAGGAGCCGGCGAGCUCGGGACGCGGGGAAACUUAGGGACCCAGAUGUAGUGAGGUACACAGCCGGGGGCGUGGCUAGGCAUUUCCGGCUACGAGGCCAGCCCCUGAAUCCCAUUGGCUGACACUGCCCCACGCCAUUGAAUGACAGCCCCUAAGAGGGGGCGGGGCGCAACUAGCGUUUCCGCCGGGCCAUGGGGCCGCGCUUGCUGCCGCCGCCGCGGCUCCUGCUGCUGUCGGCACUCUUGCUGCCGCCACUGCUGUACGGAGCCGAGGAGGCGCCCCCGUCACCACAGGCCACGUUGUCGCCGCCGCCGCCCGUCGUGACGAACGGGAGCCAGCCGGGUGCACCGCACAACAACACACACCUGUGGCCACUGGGCUCGCCGGGCUCGCCGCUGCUGCGCUCUCUCUACGUGGUCACGGGCCUCAUCGUCCUGGCCGCGCUCUACUUCCUCAUCCGGGCAUUCAGGUGCGUCAGGCCCACGCCGCCGCCGCCCGGGCGCAGCCAAUCCUCGCGCGCCUCGCGCCCCCACGUGCUUAGGCGCCUGAAGCGCAGUGCGCCAGCGUCACGUGGGUGGGUGCGAUUGAAAAAGCCACAGCGGAGGAGAUACGGGCUCCUGGCCAACACCGAGGACCCCACCGAGAUGACCUCGAUGGACAGUGACGAGGAGACAGUCUUUGAGACAAGGAACCUGAGAUGAUGUUUGGUUCAGGAAGGCAGCAUUUCCAGUGGCCCUGGGGGAAGGACGAAAGGCAGGGCCCCUCCCAGUGCUUGGAACACCCCGCCUGGACCAGAGAGCAUGUGUGGGCCCUCCCGGCCCACUGGAAGCCAACUCAGCCCUCCCUGCAGACAGGACUGCCCAGGUUACCUGGUGGAAGCCAGAGGGGCACUGGCAGCCCUACACAGGACUCUGAGGCCCUGGCCAUGAUGUGACUUAUACCAGUUACCCUCCCUGGUGGGAAUGUGGCAGCCCCAGGCUGAGGCCUGGAAGGCAGGCAGGCUGGGUGUCCUGUCUGGGGGCACCGUUCCUCUGGGGCGGGGACAAUAAAGGCAGCAGUGCUUUUGUA